UGCGUCACAUCCGGUGGAAUAUUCUAGCGGAUUCUUCUGUUGGACUUUAAAAGCAGGCGCGCAGAGAAGCAGACUGAGAUGAUUUUUACAGGUGAACCACUGAAACGUUAUUGGGAUGCAAUAAACAACCACUUUGUACACAUGAAGAAGUAAUUAUUACAGAAGAGAUUCAUUUAAUACGAUUGCUUAGUUCCAUUGAAGCCGUGUCAAUCAUUUGCACUAUUUCAGCAUCAUCUUUAGGUCCUUCCAGCUGCUGUGCUGUGGGCAGACUGACGCAGAGAGAAUCAUGAUUCUGCUGACUCCAUCCUCUGAUGAAGAGUCUCUUGAACUCGACUGGCUUUGGAAUCACACGAAGUUCUGUGUGCAAAACAGAAUAGUAGGAACAUGACUUUAACCCUUUUUCACGUACAGACGUUAGUUUGUUAGACUAUUUUAGUUUUAAAAAGGGUUUCUAUGGUAACUUUUUAUUUAUGUUUAUUUUAUGUAGAGGUAUAUGGGUCUUUGUCGGCAGAGAAUACUCUCUUGGCUACUUUUAUCACCUCGGCUUAUUAACUUCUGUGUGAAAUCCAAACUCCAUAGCGAAGCCACAGACACUCAAGAACAAAGAUCCCUUUGUUUGCCUUCUUUGAAAACCCUCAGCAUUGCAAGGACAAAAAACAGCCCUGGCCAUAGUGAAGUAUCUAGCGUCACUGGACCUUCCAGCUUUUUAAGUAAGAUAACCUAUCUAUGGUGCCUUUUAAUGCUUCAAGAUUCUGGCAUCAUUAAUUCAAUGAAAGUCAAAUUAAAUUGCCCUUACACUCUUCGAUUACUUUAAUAACCGUAAUGGUGGAAUUACACUGUAUUACACUGAUAGGAACUUUGAUAUAACAAUACUUGGCUUUCACAUAACAAAUGUAUAAGGAAAUUAUGUAAUUACUAUGAAAUUUCCACAAAAUACAAGCUAUGAAAAAAAACCAGAACAAGCAAACUGCUAUUGACCCUUUUUAAAAGCUACCCAUCCAUGUGAACAUUGCUGUCAUGUCCUUUGUCAUUGUUCCAGGUCACUGUUUUGCCAGUCAACUAGCCUAAUUAAUCAACAGCCCAGUAGACUCAUUAUCUCUUAUACUAUUUGUGGACAGUCCCUUACUAUAGUAUAGUACCAUGUGUGGACAGUCACUUACUCUCUCCCCACCAGCCUGUCUCAGCUAUACAUGCACUAUAUAUUUGCUGAAUAAGUAUUCCGUGUGGCAAUGACUAUGAGAAUAUUAACACUACCAAAUGAUGGUUACUGUACAUACCGUGCCAGCCCCUAUUCUGAAAAGUGGAUUAGUCUAUCGAAUGGUGGGUCUCCAAUAAACUUACAUACUUCUUGGUAAGUGCUACUACUUUUUAUUAGCUACAUGAAUCAAUCUUGCAUAGGUUUGUAAAUAAUGUACAAUUUGUAUAUAAAAAAUGAAGUUUCUUUGCAAAUGUUCAUUCUUUGAUAACAAAUACAUUAUUUAAUACUGUGUAACAACUAUAUAUUUUUUUUGAAGCACAACCUAAACCACUUGUGAAUUUUAUUUAGGUUCUCGCCUAUACUUGAAAUCAACUGGUUACUAGUACUACUGUAGGUUGGAUGCUGUACAGUAGGUUGGGUGCAUGAGGUUUCUUCCAGCGCACCAAUAAGCUAUUUCUAAGCGAGCAGGCCACGGGUGUCCAGCUCAAGGAGUUUGUACGCAAAAAUGCAGCCAAUGCUCUGUCUAUGGCCAACAUGCUCAUGGGCAUGGCCUCUAUUCUCUGCAGCCUGAACGGCCACCAACAUGCAGCCUGCUGGCUGGUCCUGAUUGGCUACCUGCUGGAUUUGGCAGAUGGGGCAGUUGCCAGGCGACUGGAUGCAUGCUCUCCACUAGGUGCUAAACUGGAUGAUUUUGCAGAUUUCACAACCUUUGGGAUUGCAACAUCAUUGCUCCUGAGGACACAUGCCUUAAUGGACAACAUCCUGUGCAUGUGCUAUGUCCUGUCUGUGUUUGUCCGCCUCUGCUUCUUCUCCAGCGGCAUCCCCUUCAUGUACCGUGGCCUGCCAUGUAUCUACUCUUCUGCCAUCCUGGCCUGUCUCUCCCUGCUGACCGGAGGUAACAUGGUGAUCCUGCGUGUCACUGCUGUGGCCAUGAUCCUCUUCAUGGUCAACCAGGGCUUCUACCCUCACGACAGGGUCCUGGAGUCACAGGCCUGGAAGAAGGUGGUCUACGCUGGAGGCCGUCCGGCGGGGUUAACUAAAGCUCCCAGACUGCUGCUGCUAGCUAUCCACAGCGGAUCGAAAAAGGACGUAAGAGGACGUUUUAAUGUUUUUGUAAGAUUUAACUGCCUUUUUCAUCAUGACCACUUGAUGGAUAAUGUAAUGUACCUUAGCCAUUUUGUUUUUGAUUAAUACAGUGUUUGAAUGUCUAGUUAUGUUUUUACAAUACAAUGGCAGAAUUGUA